AUGGAGGAGAGGAGCCUGGAGGAUAGCUGGGAGGAGGGGUUUUUACAGAGAACCAGAGAGAGAGAGGUGGAGAUAAAGGAAGCCUUGGAGCUGUUUAGGAAGACGCCAGAACUGGAAAAUCCACUAGAAGUUGAUGAGUUUGCAGGUGGAACUAUUAUGGAGAAGUUCCAGCAGCAUACUAGAGCUCUGCCCAUCAACCCAAAAAUACUUGGAGCAGGUCUUGAGGUUGGAAAAGGGGCUCUUCAUGUCUUUUAUGCCUUGGCAAGCACACUGGAACCUUCAUGGGCAGCUGCAAAGCAUGGCAGAAGAGCAACAGCUGCCUCAUUGCCAGGAAAGUUUGCUGGGCAACCAAUGUAUGGGCCAAGAGUGGCCAUAACUUUAUCAAGGUUUUCUCCAGAUGGCCUAGUAUCAGUUAUUAGGGAUGGACUUAGAGAAAUUGUUGUAUCUGCUCUUGAACAGACAACUGAGACACCAAAACUUGCACGAACACCAACCAUGGUGUUCCAGAGGAUGCAACAAUUCGGUGGUGUGGUGCCAAAUAAUGUUGCCCUUGUUGGUGUGUUGCCGUCGGAGAGGAAUGGCCUUGGGCUUGUUCUUGGGAAUGCACUAGCAGAUAUGUAUGCAAAGUGUGGAUGUAUAACGAAGUUUAAAAGGGCAUUCAAUAAGAUGCAUGAGAGAGAUGUGAUCUCAUGGAGUGUAAUCAUAUGUGGAUUGGCCAUGUACGAACAUGCAGAUGAAACUUUUAGAUGCUUUUAUGAAAUGCUCGACUAUGGAGUAAAGCCUAAUGAUGUUGUUUCUAGGGGAUUGUUAACAACAUGUACUCAUGCAGGGUUGGUCGAGAAGGGGCUCAAUUGUUUCAAUACUAUGGAUAAGAAGUAUGGAGUCAGCCCUAAGGUUGAACAUUAUGAGUGUGUGGUUGAUCAUCUCAGCCAUGUUGGGGAACUUGACAAAGUAGAGGAAACAUGA